AUUGCCGCAGUUGCCGCAGUCUCCGCAGUCGCUGCAGGCGCGAGGUUGGGUGCAGGCGGCUGUGACUGAGCUUCGACUUCUCGACGGACGGACCGACUGACUGACGGACGGACACCAUGCCGCGCUCCCACAGGCCUCCGCCGACCGCCCAGCGGCCCACCAACGCCACCGGCAACGCCACCGGCAAUGCUGCCGAGCCCAAGCCCGAAGGCGGCAGCCUGGCCACGACUUUCAAGAUUUUUCUCCUCUUUGCAGGACUGAUGGUUAAAGUUCCUGUGGGCUUGUAUUUUUCCUGCAAAUUGCUUCUUUUCCAAAGUCUCCUGUUAAUGUCUCCUGACGACAGUGGCUUUUACGCGACCAUUGUCGCGGUGGUGGGGCUGCAUGUGGUGCUGGCGGUGUUUGUGUUCAUCGUGUGGAAGGAGGGCAUGCCUGACUGGCAGGAAAACAAGAACGAGUAGAGCAGCUCGGAAGCUGCGAACGCGGGGGG